CAAAAAAGGUCGCUGGAUGAUGACGUAGUAUUCCGCGCGGGUGGACGCUAUGGCAUCUCAUGCUAGCGAGCUUGAACUCGCGAAAAAGAAUUUAACAGAUGCAAUUGGCGAUAAUGUAAAACAAUACUGGGCAAACCUCAAAUUGUGGUUCAAGCAGAAGAUAAGCAAGGAAGAGUUUGAUAUUGAAGCACGACGCCUGUUGGCACAGGAAAAUGUCCAUGUUCACAAUGACUUCCUCCUGGCAAUUCUGACACGCUGCCAGAUCAUUGUCUCCACUCCUGAGUGCGCCGGGCAAUUGCAGUGGCAAGGUGGCUCUGCUUCAAGGCCGGGCAAACCUAAAGGAAAGAAGAAAUGUUCCUCGAGACAGAAAUUUGACCAUCGUUUCCAGCCUCAGAACCCUCUGAGCGCGGCACAGCCGUUCUGCCCGCGGGAGGCGCUCGGCGAGGACGAGGAACUCCGGCUGAGCGCCCACACUUUACUGUUGCCCACACGGGGUCAACUGGAGGCCCGCAUGAUGGUGACCGCUUUUGAGCUGGGCCUGGAUAACAUCACAGAGGAUGCGGUCAGCGCGAUGACCUGCGCCGUGGAGCACCAUUUGAAAGACGUUUUGACCGCCGUCAUUUCCCGAAGGAAAGCGUAUCGCUUGCGGGACGGCCAGUUCCCUUACGCCUUCGGCAGCGAUGUCGCACCGCAGCCUUAUCUGAAGAACAGCCUGGCGGCCUAUCGCGGCGUCACCGAACGCCCUCUUCCGAGCGCUUCGCUCCCCACCGGCCCGCCGCCGCAGAUCUCGCCGGAUCAGGCUGAGCAGCAAGCCGUUCACUUGUUAGCCUGCUCCGCCGCUGCUCUCCAAACGGCGCUUCCACCCGUCACCUUGUUUGACCUCCUGGAGGCCUUGCGGGUUCACCGCAGGGUCAUGUCCUCCCACACCAUGUACGCUCUGAACAUGGAGCGCAUCCUAUCGCGGCUCUGGCACCCCAGCCACGAAGAACUGGAGCAGGACCUCGUGCACAGGCAGCGACUUGCCGCCAAAGACGGCGUCGUGCUGGUCAGCUGAGACGGAUGACGCUAAACUGGAAGGAAGCGGCGUGUCCAAAUGACGAACGAGGCAGGAUGAAGCACGGUGGAACAAAAGUAACUGGACAGCGUCCGUGCCACACCACGCCACCCUAACCACGUGUCAGCCUGGUGCUGGCAGAUUUUUGCUCUGCUCUCCCAGUUGCCACCUGGAGUUGCAAAGAUGAAAGUGUUUCCUUUUAGACUUUAGCGCCUUCCUCUGAGGUUGGGCAGUGUUUCCUUUUCAGGGUUGGGGAAGCUUAAGACGUGUGGGCCAGCGAUGACAUUUGAUGCCACCUGUGAUUCAACUGUAAUCUUGGGAGAACCCAAAAUAUAACCAGUAAAUGUUUUGCCGUUUGCUCGCAUCAUAAAUGACCAAAAUUUA